UUUCUCUUCAUAUCCAGAUCCACGCAGAUAAUCGUCAUUCUAUGUUACCAGUGACCAGGAUACCAGCUGUCCUGGUUCUCUCCUUGUUCUCAUUGGCCCAUAUUCAUGCUCGACAUACUACGAUACACCCAGGUGUUCAAGGCUUGUCGGAUACCAAGACGUCGUACAAAUACAUUGAUAAGUUAAGUCUAUCAAAUGACAAUAGACGAGAGUUUCAGGAGAUACUGCUGGACGCCGGCGCCCAGCAUGAAAAGCUGCUAGCAGAGUGCCAGGCAGAGACAUACAGACCAUUGACCAUCGAUGAAAGGAUUUCCGAGGCCCAAGUUCUACUUCUGACCAAUCUGCCUGCUGCGGCCACGUUACUUAAAGAUACGCUUAGCUUCCCAGAAAUAUCUACUGAGCAGGUAAGUUUAAAGGCACUGGAGGUGUCCAGACGGACAUGCAACAGAUAG